AUGGCUGGAGAAAAAGGAGGAGGAAAAGAGACUGGAGGAGCCCAUCUCAAAAGGGUGGAAUCGUUGGAAUUGGAGCUAGGAACAUUGUAUGAUCGAUUGGAGAACCAAGGGAAUCAGAUUCAACACCAAGCUGAUUCCAUAGCUUCAAUCCAGUUGAAGAUGGACCAACACCAGCUGAAGAUGGACCAAAAGAUGGAGGAAAUCUUGGGUGCCGUAUCCAAAAAUCGAACUACAGCCCACCAUGGGAAGACCACCGUGGAGGAACAACCUAGCAUCUCACCAAUUCUUCCCAGCGAAGAAACGCCCAAAGUCUACAGCGGAGCGUCACACAGCGACACCGGAGGAAUCAGAGGCGGAAACAGGGGCGGAGAAGGCCACACCGGGGGAACCAACUGGCGAUAUCGGAAGUUGGAUAUGCCUUUGUUCGACGUGGGUGGGGGAAUUUGGGUGCAGCUCAGCCUCAUUGAACAACAUCCGAUCAUUCAGACCUUGCCAGCCUGCCCUAAUUACCUUAAACAAAUAGUUCAUCAAUACGCCUCGGUGUUUUCAUGGAAAGGGGGAAUGCCACCACAGAGGAAUCAGCAACAUACCAUUCAGUUAAAAGAAGGAACUGAACCUGUAGCAGUUCUUGGGACUAUGGCUGGAGAAAAAGGAGGAGGAAAAGAGACUGGAGGAGCCCAUCUCAAAAGGGUGGAAUCGUUGGAAUUGGAGCUAGGAACAUUGUAUGAUCGAUUGGAGAACCAAGGGAAUCAGAUUCAACACCAAGCUGAUUCCAUAGCUUCAAUCCAGUUGAAGAUGGACCAACACCAGCUGAAGAUGGACCAAAAGAUGGAGGAAAUCUUGGGUGCCGUAUCCAAAAAUCGAACUACAGCCCACCAUGGGAAGACCACCGUGGAGGAACAACCUAGCAUCUCACCAAUUCUUCCCAGCGAAGAAACGCCCAAAGUCUACAGCGGAGCGUCACACAGCGACACCGGAGGAAUCAGAGGCGGAAACGGGGGCGGAGAAGGCCACACCGGGGGAACCAACUGGCGAUAUCGGAAGUUGGAUAUGCCUUUGUUCGACGUGGGUGGGGGAAUUUGGGUGCAGCUCAGCCUCAUUGAACAACAUCCGAUCAUUCAGACCUUGCCAGCCUGCCCUAAUUACCUUAAACAAAUAGUUCAUCAAUACGCCUCGGUGUUUUCAUGGAAAGGGGGAAUGCCACCACAGAGGAAUCAGCAACAUACCAUUCAGUUAAAAGAAGGAACUGAACCUGUGUCCGUUAGACCCUACCGAUACACCCACACUCAAAAGGAGGAAAUUGAAAGACUGUUACAGGAUAUGCUUAAAUCAGCGCCGACUUUUGAUUUUUAUUUGCUUCAACGCUACUGCUUACAUCUUUCACUCAUCGCAUUGCCUUUCUCAUUAAUAGAUGAACAAUUUGCUCCUGCAGCUGUGUAG